AUGUAUCUCGAACCACUCCAACGCGACGGCUUCGUCGUCGUCCGCAACCUCCUCACCCCAGAAGAAGUAACCCACUACCGACAAAUCGCCACAGAAGCAACAACCCUCACCCGAGCCGGGACCUGGCCGCACUUCCGCACCGUCCCCAAACAAUUCCCCCCAUGGCCCAGCAACCCACCACCAGCCAGCGAGGGCGGCAUCUGGGGCGUCCAGCACCUCCUGCACCCCGAAAUGCCCGGCCGCGCCGCCUUCGCCAGCUGCUACUUCUCAGCCUCCAUCCUAGCCGUCGCGGAAGAGCUGAUGGGCACGAAUAGCCGAGACAACGAACCACUCGUCAUGGAAUUAUUCAAUUUACUCGUUGCACCGGAGACGAAGGAUUUCGAGCUCCGCUGGCAUCGGGACGAUAUCUCCGAGCAUGCGACUGCUGAAGAGGAAAUCGAGCAGUUGGCUGCUAAGGCGCCAGGAGGCCGACAGUCGCAUUGUCAGUAUAAUCUGGCUUUGUGUCCUGAUGCGUCGCUGAUUGUGGUGCCGGGGACUCAUGCGCGGGCGCGCACGCAGACGGAGCGCGAGGCGGAUCCGUAUGCGCCUUUCUUGCCGGGUCAGUUGGUUGUGGAACUGGGGCCUGGGGAUGCGGUGUUUUAUAAUAGUAAUAUCUUGCAUCGGGGGGUGUAUAAGGGGAAGGAGGAGGGUGGGGAAGAGACUAGACUGACGUUGCAUGGAAGCAUUGGGUUGAAGGGGGAUGAGAAGAAGAAGGUGAGGGCUACGGCGGUCUUGCAGCAUGGUGUUGGGGCUUGGGUGCAUCGGGAGGAUGCGGCCUUUGGGCUGGGGGAGAGGCCGGAGAAGAUGAGGGCGAAUCUGGUUGAGAUGGGGACUGGUGAUGAUGUUGGAUUUUCCCUGCAGGGAUAG